CAACUGCACAGGAUGGGCAAACUCAAGUCCAAUAAGCGCAACAGCGCUGCCGCCGGUUCUUCUCCAUACUCGAAAGCACAAACCACUACUAACAAUGUCUUCAAAUUCAACACCAAUGUCGGCCAACACAUUCUCAAGAAUCCAGGUGUCGCAGAAGCCAUUGUCGCGAAAGCCAACCUCAAGCCCUCUGACGUUGUCCUCGAAGUGGGCCCAGGUACCGGUAACUUGACAGUCCGCAUACUAGAAAAGGCAAAGAAGGUUAUAGCUGUGGAAUUAGACCCUAGGAUGGCGGCGGAAGUGACGAAGCGGCUUCAAGGUCGAACCGAACAGAAGAAACUAGAGGUUUUACUGGGAGAUGUGAUCAAAACCGAGUUGCCGCAUUUUGAUGUUUGCAUUAGCAAUACGCCUUACCAGAUCUCCAGUCCUCUAGUCUUCAAGCUCCUUGCCCUGCCUAAUCCACCCCGAACCUCGAUCCUCAUGUUUCAGCGCGAAUUCGCACUGCGGCUAACAGCACGACCGGGAGACGCCUUGUACUGCCGUUUAUCGGUCAACGCGCAGUUCUGGGCCAAGAUUACGCAUAUCAUGAAAGUUGGAAAGAACAAUUUCAGGCCUCCGCCACAGGUCGAGUCCUCAGUUGUCCGAAUAGAGCCGAAAUUAGGGAGCGAACGACCGGGCGUCAGCUGGGACGAGUGGGACGGAAUGCUGAGAAUCUGCUUCGUUAGAAAGAAUAAGACGUUGAGGGCCAGUUGGCUUGGAACCAAGGAGGUGUUGGCAAUGGUGGAGAGAAAUUAUAGAGUAUGGUGUGCGAUGAACAGUGUUGCCGUCGAUGAUACGGUGGUUGGAGAGGAGGAAGAGAUGGAGGUUGAUGAGUGCCCUGGGGACACGGAGGAAGAGGAGUGGGGUGGGAUAAUGGAUGUGGAUGAAGAAGCUGAUGACCGGCCUUCGUUCUUCAAAGAAGAAGCGGAGAGGGUCUCGAAAGCAAAUGGCACCAAGACGAAGAGCAAAAAGAAGAAGACCAGGGUUGCUGAACUUGUCCGGGAGAAGAUCAGGAAGGUUUUAGAGGAUGUUACCGAACUGGCGGAUCAGAGAGCCGCAAAGUGUGAUGAGAACGACUUUCUGCGGUUGUUGUCUGGGUUCAACGAUGAGGGUAUACAUUUUGCAUGAGAUGGAUUAUACAAUGGAAUUUUCGACAUGAUUUUAGCAUGGCGUUGGGGUUUAUUUGAAGGGAAAUGACAAAAAGCUUGGAGUUUAAUUUGCCGGGCAUCAAGUUGUCAUGUAGACGUGGUCUUGGCAGGAGGCCCAAUUUUCUCUCCGCCAAUCUGGAGAUAAGCCUGCCAUGAAAUAGAUUCACAAAAUUCGAUCAGUGUUUUCAAGUGCUUGUCACGAAGGAUAGACUCAAAAGCUCGGAGGUGAAA